UGCAAUACAUAACAAUCCGAUUUAUGAUUGUUCGUUUACGAAAAUGUUCAACGAAGGAACGAGUAAAGUAACUCGAAAACAGGCUUCUUCAGAUUAUAAUGAAAAAAGUAAGCGAAUAAAAAUUGUUCGUUUAAAGAGUAGUUAACGAAGAACCGUAAAGAGCGAACAAAUAGAAAACGCGAUAUCAAUUUCUCAGCGUAAGCGUUUACGGAUUAUACGAGAAUUGCUUGCGUCUAUUUACUCGACACGCGUGGCAAUGCUUACAUGCUCGAUUUUCUUCUCAGAGAAUAUCGGUUAUUGAUCUGGUAGCCAAUAGACUAUGGAAAAGAGGGGAAAUUUCUCUUUCACGAAGGGGACAAAAAUCGUUUCGUUCAAAGAUCUGGAAAUUCGAAAAAUUGAUAAAUCGAUUAUCGCGCUCGCAUAAGGUCGGUUGCCAGGUCAUUUGCGUAAAUUUAAUGAAAAUCUAUGAAUCGUGAUACGAAGUGAGUCACAUUCGAGGAGCACGGGAUCAAAAUACGUAAUCAUUAUCUUGAGUCGACUUAUCAGUAGCUAUGUAAAACGAACGACCGAUCAUUACUAGGGAAACGCGCGAUUACCGGCCUGCUAGCGUUCCUCGACUGCCGCUCCGAUUAUAGAUGGAAAGCCUUUAUGACACAAAUGAGACACCAGUGUCAGCCGGUGGUAAACAGUCGAUCGGUGAUCAUCGUACUGCUUAGACGUACGUUAAUGGUGCGUGUGUAACCAACGUAACGAGUGUAAGAGUGUAUUGGGCGCGAGUGCGAUCAACCGGUGCGGACCUCGAUUGUGUCUACCAACGUGUCAGCGAAUCAGCCUAUCAGCGUGUGCAUUCACGCCUACACCUACGUCUUUAUUUACUUUGCUAUUCUAACACUUGGCCAUGAGAAUCGUCGUUUUGACCGACCGACUUCCAACUCUUUAACCGAACGGUCGUCGUUCGAUCGUAACCGUGUUACACUUACUCUUCUUUGCUCGAAGAUCGGACGUAAGAAUCGGCGGACAUGAAUUCCAAGUGCGAUCCGUACGACUCGAGACCGUGGAUGCAGCCGGGUAUCGGAGGUGGAGGUGGCGCGGCCCACGCAGGUGGGACAGGUGACGACGAAGCUCCGAAAGAUCCCGGUGUUCGGAUCACUCAUCAACCUUUCACCGAGAAAGACUACGAAGUUACACCCCCAGCCCAGAGGGUGCAAUUUAUCCUGGGCGAAGAAGUUGGCGACGAUGCACACGAAUCCCAUCCUCUCUUCUCCGAGAUGGAGGAGCUCGUCAAGGAUGGCGACGAGAUGGAAUGGAAGGAAACCCAUAGGUGGAUCAAAUUUGAGGAAGACGUCGAGGAGGGUGGAAAUAGAUGGAGCAAACCACACGUAGCGACUCUCUCGCUACACGCCCUCUUCGAACUGAGGAGUUUGCUGUUAAAUGGAACUGUGAUGUUGGACAUGGAAGCGAACAGUCUUGAACAGAUUGCUGAUUUGGUUCUCGAUAAUAUGAUCAAUAAAGGCUCGUUGCCUGCCGAGUCGAGGGAAAAGGUCAGGGAAGCUCUUCUGGUGAGGCAUCGGCAUCAACACGAGAGACGUAAAGAUAACAACAUGUCUAGGCUACCUAUUAUCAGAUCAUUGGCCGAAAUAGGCCGAAAUCAUUCCUCUUCGAAGAUGGAGGAAUCGAAUUCCGCUCCGGCGAUCGCCGGCGCAACAAGUCACGGCAGUGGGCCAGCGUUGAAUCCGGGUAGCCGUUUCCUUGCUAUACCUGGCCAAGAACCAGGCUCCAAUGGAAUGGAUCGAAGUCCGAGUAGUGUGUCAAUUAGCCGAAAUCACAGUUCGUCCGCCUUGGAAAAUGGAGACGCGAAUCACAAGGGUAACACGCAUUUUAUGCGGAAGAUACCAGCAGGAGCCGAGGCGAGCAAUAUUCUCGUAGGAGAGGUCGAUUUUUUAGAUAAAACUUUAUCGGCUUUCAUUCGAUUGAGCCAAGCUGGAAUAAUGGGCGAUUUGACGGAAGUUCCUGUGCCAACGAGAUUCAUAUUUGUUCUGCUUGGACCAACGGGAGGGCUCACAGGUUUCCACGAGAUUGGUCGUGCAAUGGCUACUUUGAUGUCUGACGAGGUCUUCCACGAUGUGGCUUACAAGGCGAAGAACAGAAAUCAUCUUCUCGCCGGAAUUGACGAGUUUUUAGAUGCGGUCACGGUUCUACCACCAGGAGAAUGGGAUCCUGCAAUCAGAAUAGAACCGCCAGCUGCCAUUCCUUCGCAGGAUAUAAGAAAACGACCAAAAGAAAAAACCGAAGAAGAAUUGGACGAAGAAGCUGAUGAACAGAAAUUGAGGGAAGAAUCCGGACUCUCGAGGUCUGGUAGGCUUUUCGGUGGUUUGAUAAACGAUAUCAAGAGGAAAGCGCCGUUUUACUUCUCUGACUUCAAAGACGCGUUGGCUCUUCAAUGUGUAGCCUCUUUUAUCUUCCUAUACUUUGCCUGUCUCUCGCCUAUAAUCACAUUUGGCGGUUUACUGGGCGAGGCUACGGGAAAAAAUAUGGCCGCCAUGGAGUCGUUAGUUUCUGGUUUCGUUUGCGGUAUCGGAUAUGGAUUCUUUUCUGGACAACCUUUAACCAUCCUCGGCUCAACCGGUCCCGUUUUAGUCUUCGAGACGAUAGUCUAUGAGUUCUGCAAGAAAUCGGAUUGGAACUACAUGUCGUUCCGUUUUUGGAUCGGCUCAUGGAUAACCCUAAUUUUGGUAAUUCUCGUAGCGAUCGACGCUAGUGCUUUCGUGUGCUACAUCACACGUUUCACAGAGGAAAACUUCGCCACCCUGAUCGCGUUUAUCUUCAUCUACAAAGCAAUUGAAAACGUAUUGUCCAUCGGCAAGAAAUAUCCUAUUAAUACCCAUACAAACGAUCCGUUCGAUUACGAGUGUUGGUGUAGGCCGCCGAAUGGCAGUCUACCGUCUAGCUACGACAACGUUAAUUGGACGGCGCUCGAUCAAAAAACGUGCCAGAAUUACAACGGUACGCUAGUGGGUGAUGGUUGCAACCUACCGCACUAUAUACCUGAUGUGUUCCUCAUGUCAAUUAUACUAUUCAUGGGCACAUUUUUGUUAUCCGUUGAGCUCAAAGACUUCAAAAACGCUCUCUUCUUUCCAUCAAAGGUCAGACAAGUCGUUAGUGAUUUUGCGGUGAUCAUAGCAAUUUUUUCGAUGAGUACUCUCGAUCAUUUCGCGAAUAUCCCGACGCCGAAACUCGAGGUACCAACGGAAUUCAAGCCAACGUUGGCCGAUCGAGGAUGGAUAAUCUGGCCUUUUCAAAGUAAUCCAUGGUGGAGCGCUAUUGUUGCAAGUCUGCCAGCUCUAUUAGGUACUAUAUUGAUUUUUAUGGAUCAACAAAUCACAGCCGUGAUAGUAAAUAGGAAAGAGAACAAAUUAAAGAAAGGAUGCGGCUAUCAUUUGGAUCUGUUCAUUCUCGCGAUUCUGAUAGAAAUCUGUUCGGUAAUGGGAUUACCCUGGUUCGUAGCUGCAACGGUGCUUUCGAUUAAUCAUGUGAACUCGUUGAAAUUGGAAUCGGAAUGCGCCGCACCAGGAGAAAAACCACAGUUUCUUGGUGUUCGCGAGCAACGAGUAACGCAUAUUCUAAUCUUUUUGAUGAUCGGUUGUUCGGUCCUACUCACUCCAAUGUUGAGACACAUACCUAUGCCGGUAUUAUUUGGCGUUUUCCUUUAUAUGGGAGUCGCUUCAUUGAAAGGACUUCAAUUUUUCGACAGAAUUUUAAUUAUGUUGAUGCCGGUUAAAUACCAACCUGAUUAUAUGUUCCUUCGACAGGUACCGUUGAAACGCGUACAUCUAUUUACAACGAUACAAUUGACUUGUUUAGCAUGUUUGUGGAUCAUCAAAUCCUUCAGCAGUACUUCCAUUCUCUUCCCUUUGAUGCUGAUGGUGAUGAUUGGAAUACGCAAGUCCUUAGAUUUGAUGUUCACACAACGGGAGUUGAAGAUCCUGGACGAUAUAAUGCCGGAACCAAGCAAAAAACAUGCCGAAGAUCUUCGUCAACUGGAGAGCGGCGAGGAACAAAACGAAUCCAUCGGAUAUGGUCCAUCAGGUAAUAUACAAAUCUCAUUGGCGAACGGCAACAUUAUGAAAAUCCCAAUGGCGAGCAUCAAUAUCAGCGAAGAAGUGAAUAAGACAGGAAUUUGGCAACAAGUAAAUGAAGGCAACGAGAAAAUGAAACAAGUCAAACUAAUCAACGCGGGAAAGCAAAAAAAGCACUCGAAGAAAGAUAACUUUUUGAUGGUCGACGAGACUACGAGGCUGACUACGAUGACCGAAGAGGAUGAAGAUGACAGUGGGAUCUCUAUCAAGGUGACAAACGUAGACUUGAUACGAUCGAAGGAAAGCAUCAGCCCGUUAACGAUUAACGGCACUACUUCGGCCGAGACUUCUGUUUAACGAAAACAACGCUGCACUGGGAACGAUUCGCGAGAUCGUUUUUAAUCGUUAAAAUAUCCCGAAGAUUCCAAUUAAUCGACACACAAUAUGUUUUAAUUUUUAUCGUACGCGUUAUUGUCCAGCCAAGUUACAAACACAAUUAUGGUGAAUCGUCAAAAAAAAAAAAAAUUAUCACAAGAACAAUAACCAAGUUGAAGCAUACAGAAAUACACUUUGAUACUAUAUGAAAGUUUAAACAGCGAUAAAAAUAAGUGAAAAAUAAUUUUUUUUUGUUUUAUAGAGAACAAAAUCGCAUGCAAGACUCUAAUCUUAUCUCAUUGCAUUUGUAAUUUGAUCGAGUGCAAUUAAUGAGUGCCACUGACAUAUAUCUAGAUUGUAACUAACAUGAACAUAUUUUAUUCAUAUAAAAAAAAAAGAAAAGAAAAAAAAAAAGAAGAAAACGAAGAAACGCACAUGAUUAAAAUUUAAAAUAAAAUGUUUUAGAUUUUAAGAUUCGAUUCAUUGAUAAUUUGAUGCGUGAAUUGUGUUAUUUAUUGAAUCAUUGAAUUUAUUGAUGAAAAUAUUCUUGUCAGUGUGCAAUAACGUGUAAUUUGUAAUUUAACGAUUAUAUGGAUUAAAGAUAGUUCGUGUCCAUGAUAAAUAUGCCAAGAAAACCCCUUUGAUAUAUCGACGUUUUCCUUCGAGGGAUGUCUCGUAGAGAAGCUUGGCGAAAACAUGUCUUCGCUCAUAAAAAAAGAAAAAGUCGAAAGAUUGAUAAAAUUCAUUUUCGACCAAUAAAAAUUAUGCAAUAUUAACAACUUUCUUUUUAACUCGAUUGGAUUUUUAUGCAAAUUCUUAAAAAGUAUUUUCUGAAAAUUUUCGAUAUAAUACGUCUAAUACCGGCCAAUAGCGACAAUAUUUAUAUUAUUUAAUAGAGUAAAUGUACAUCUUUUUUACACUGAAAUUUAAUUAUAUGAAAAUUCAUUCGGAAAGAAUCAAUAUUAGAGAACCAUUUUCCAUAUUUUUUAUCAAAAUUUUAACAUGACUGAAUUUUUCCAUAUGUAACGCCGCCGUCCCUUGAAGGAUGUCCUCUUUUUCAAGAAAGGGAAACGAACAAUGAGAUUUUUAUCAUACUGCAGUCUUUCACAUAGUAAGUGUAACGAUCUCGAUUUUUAAAAAUUUAAAUAAAAACUUUAUGCGCGAUCGUUGCACGAAUAAGUUGUCAUUUUUCUUCUCCGAUUUUCAACCCGAUCGAUGGAAACGAGACGAUUGGUGUGAGAAGAUUAAAAGAGAAUAUUUAAUACGAUAUUUUUCAAAUGACACGUUAUCAAGUUAUUAUACACGUUAAAUUUCCAAGGCUUUACAAAUACAUUCGAAAAUUGCGUGAUAAGUCGAUAAACGAAGAACGAUUGAAUUCUUUGUAUUUCGCGAAAAAACGUCGUAAAUUAAAUGACUAAGAGUGAUAAGAGGCAUUAAUAGGCCUCAUUCUGUAGAACAUAUAUUGGAACAUCUCCAUUGAUAUAAUUACAACAAAGUACGAAACAAGGCAAUCGUUCGUAUUGAUGUUACGUGUGUUUAUAUAUAUUUAAGAAAGAAAAUCAUCUGCAGUUCUGUAUACGCUCGCAAUGGGAAAGAAGUCAUUAAUUGGAGCUAUACGCGAACAUUUCUGACGAUGUUUAAGAAAUAUAUUUGUUAAAUUGCUGCUUAAAUAUUAACUGGUUGUGAUUAGAUUUUCCAUUGAGAAAGACCAUUAUUUGCGUCUUUUGUUUUAAAGAUACAAAAAACACCAUUUUGUAUAUCAUGCGCGAGAUAAAUGAAACUCUUCUUUAAAAGAUACAUGUAAAAAAUUAAUAAAAUGAUGAAGAAACGCGAAACAGUAUUCUACUAGAUAAUAUAUUAGUUGCAUAUAGUAAUAUUUAAUUUGCAUAUUUUAUAAAAAUCGCAAAUAUGUUUACUGCGUCUUUUUUAUAAAAAUAUCAUAAGUGUAUAUUGUGCAUUAUUUAAAAGAUCUAGUCCAGCAUAAUCACAAUGAAAUACCAAAGAUUUUUCAAAAAUAAUGAUCGAUCGAUCGAAGUUGAUGAAAGCGUAGAAAUAUAAAAUAUAAAUUUAAGCAUAAUAUCGUAUAGUAUCAAAUAUAUAGGUUUUAUUACCAGUUUGUUUUGUAUAUAUAUAUAUAUACUACAGUUCAUUAUUCUCGAUAUCAUUUAAUUUUCAUCAUGAAUAAAAAUGUGUAAUGAAUAAUUUUGUUAAUAACUAAGCAGUAUGUAUUUGGAUUUUUAAAGGAUAAACAAAUUGCACAUAAUUGUGACUAUUAAUGUGCAUACACACAUAAGCGAAGAAACUCAUUGCGAGCAACAAUGUAUAUAAUCAGCUGCAAUCAUAUAAUUCGCUGCCAUGCAUGCAAUCGAUGUAUUAGUCCUCUUUAACGGAAUUGCUGAUAAAUUCUGAUUAA